AGUCUCCUCAGUUCUUUUUUUUUUUUUUCAAAGUUUUACAGCAGUUCUUCAAGUUUUCCAGGCAGCUCUUCGCUGAUGGCGUCAGCUUCGUCCUUCAACGCGACUCUGGCCGUGCUGCUAGCUGCCAAGUACUGCCGUCAAUAUCCGCUCUUCCACUGGCGGGAGGAGGCGCUCCCGUCCAUGGGUAGACGCGCCGAGAAGUACUGUUUUCGCGUGGAUAUGCUCAAUCUGCAGCAAGAAAGCUGCGGCGAGAUGCUGCUAUCGUUACUACCUGCACAAUUGAGUCUCCUAGAUUUCCAGAAAGAAAACACUUUGUACAAACUGAAAGCGCUGCUCGUCACGCUCAAGCAUCCAUACAUUCUCCCCGUCAUGGACAUCUACUACUCCAAAGAGAAGAAGGCACUGCUAGUGGUCCAGCCCUUUGUGUCUAGUGGCAGCAUCAAGGACCGUAUCUACCAGGUAGACAACGCAGCCAAGCCCUACGACGUCAAAUAUCGGCUGGAGAACGCUCAUCCGCUGCCAUUUGAAGAAAUCGCCAAGUUCUCUAAGCAAAUCCUGGAAGCUCUAGCAGGCCUGAGGUCCAAAGGUCUGGUAUGUGACCACCUGAGGUCCACUAAUGUGGUCAUUGACUGUGGCAAUGUCAAACUGGCCGAGAUUUUCACGCCACUGCUAGCUAUUGACCGAUACAAGGACAGUCGCGAGUUGACAGUGUGUCUAGAACAGCACAUGGACAUCGAUCUACUGCUGUUCGGACAUAUUCUGUACGAAAUGGCAACGGGAAUGGAACUCUUAGCCCCUCAGCCUGAAGAAGGCGUGCUCGAGAUGCUGACCCCCGAAAUUGCUGAUGUUCUUCAAGCCAUUUUCUACUAUCCGGAUUCGCUACCGGAACCUCCAGAGGAAGCGGAAAAUAGCGUGGAUUUUGAUGAUGCUACGUCGGUUAGUAGCUCUGUUAGCAGUCGCAACAAGAAACACUUGUUCCUCGUCGACGUGGAGAAGAUGCUGGACGAAUUCCCGCUCUUUGCUGUCCCUGAGCUUCCUCCCAUUAGAACGCUGUUCUCUGGGUUCCGUCUGGACUCCGCUAUGAAGAGUACCAUCAAGUACAGUAUGCGUAUUAACGCGAGUCGAACGCAGGCUCACAUUGUGCACUACAACGAUCAGCAGGCAUUACUGCGUGCGCGCCAACGUGCCGAGCGUCGCGUUUACGAGGAGAAGGAAAAGCAACAGCAGCGAAUUCAGCAACUCACGCCCAGCAAGAACCCGACUAGUAAAGGCAACUCGUACAGCAGCAAGACGAUACCGACCAGACGAAAGACGUACCGUGCUGACAGCUUCCGCAAACAUGCUCAACGUGCGCUAUCUCUACCUGACAGUUCGAAAUCCAACAUGAGUGUGUCCAGUGCCUAGAAUCUCUAGAAACUUACACUUUUAUAAUGUAGAUUGCUGCAAAAACAUUAUAAAAAAAAUGUUACUAAGUAUUUUUUUUUUAAGAAUCUAGCGAAACGACUCCAUUGUGUCC